GGGGGUCACACUGUGCCGGAUGCAGUGCCACUGAGAGUGCCAGGACCGAGUUUCAAAACCAGAGAGUGAGACAGGUCGCCAGAGAGUGAGACAGGUUGCCAGAGAGAGAGAGACGGCGACAGAGACAGUGAGAGUGGAACGGAGAUAUAGGGAGAUUACCUGAGGGAAAGCUGGUAUAGUCCCAGAGAGAGAGAGUGAAAGAACAACUGGAGGAGAGAAAGAGUGACAGGUAGUAGUACUAAUGAAACAGUGAAAGAGUGCAUGGGCAGAGAACAGUGAGUGAGAGAGAUGAAAAAUACCAAAGAAAUAUAAAGGGAAUCACAUAGAGAGAAAGUCCCAGAGAGAGAGAGAGGUAGCACAGUGUAGAAGACAAGGGGAGAGACUGAGAGAAGGGGAGAGACUGAGGGAGGUAGAGAUAUAGUACCAGAGAGAGAGUAUCUCAGAGAGAAUACUAGUGUCCAAGACAAAUAAAGAGAGAGCAGAAAGAGAUUGUGAGGCAGAGAGAUAGAGUGAGAGUGAGAGUGAGAGUGAGAGUGAGAGAGAUAGAAAGUGAGAGAGAGAGAGAGAGAGAGAGAGAGAGUACUAUAUAAAGAACACCUUAGUGUCAGAGGGACAGUUUCAGAGAGAAAGGAGCCAGAAGACGAGAGAGAGAGAGAGAGAGAGAGACUGACUGACUUAUAGUGGAAGAUUAAGAGUUUGCCAGAGAGCGAGAGAGAGACGGAUUGUGCCAGAAGCAUCUGCUGCCUCCCUGCACCAUAGCCUGUGCCAUAGCUGGCUGUGCAGAGACUAAGGGGAGGCCACCUUGCCCAAAGCUGGUAACAUGCCGCGGCUAACCUGCACGCUGUCCCUCUCUACCUUACUGCUACUCACUUUCCUCUGCAGCUGCCGCUCUGGAAGACCGACCUACAUCAUCACGGCACCGAAAAGGCUGCUGACCAGACACAAUAUGACAUUCAGUGUCAGCUUGUUGGAUGGUAACCAGGACCCUCUGAAAAUAACAGUGAGCCUCAGCAAGAACAACAUGAGCUUGAGACAUGCUGAGGGCACUUUCCACACAGGUACUAUAGGAAGAAUGAUCCUGCCUGCGGAAGAUCUGCCGAAAGGCCACUAUGAAUUGGCAGUGGAGGGAUAUGAAGGGCAGAAGCUGCUGUUUUCCAAUCGCUCCACCUUGGAAAUUAUUCUGGAAAGUGUCUCUGCAAUGAUUCAGACAGAUAAAGCAAUGUACAAAGCAGGACAGAUUGUGAAAAUUCGAUCCAUCUGCAUCUACACUGAUCUGAAGCCGUACCUGGGCAAAAUAAAUAUCAUCAUUUCUAGCCCACAGGGGUCUGUGAUCCAACAGUGGUUGGACUUAGAACCUACGUUAGGUGUUGCCUCCAAGGAAUUUCAACUGUCUGCCAACUCUCCACAAGGCGACUGGGAGAUCCAGGUUGCAUUUAAUGAGGUGAAGCAAAGGAAGACAUUCACUGUCGCCGAGUAUGUGUUAUCUCGAUUUGAAGUUUCAAUCAACACAUCCACUGUAUAUUUUCCAAUCGAUCGAUCGGACAUAACUGGGACUAUUACUGGACGAUACCUCUAUGGAAAACCUGUGAAAGGAAAUGUGACGGUCACUCUAUCCUUGCCGAUCUACUCUGAGACGCUAACCAAAACAUAUGAGAUGGAUGGAACUGCUGAUUUUGCCUUCCUUUUCUCUGAACUGCACGAGUUCGUCCUCGGAAUUUUUGGAACAUUUCUGGGCUUUGAUGAUGUAUUCGUACCAAACAAGACGCUGAAGGAAAACGCAUUGGAAAAUGCACUCUCUCUGAUCAUGCAUCAGGUGCACCAAGUUACAAUCACUGCAACUGUGAGUGAGUCUCACACCGGUGUGACGCAGAGCACAGCAAUAAACAUCUCCAUUUCACUCUCGAAAUAUAAGCUGAAGGUUCUGGACUAUCAGAAAAUCUUAAAGCCUCCUCAGAACUACACAGCAUAUGUUCAGCUGACACGCUUUGAUCACCAAAAACUUUCAGUACAAGACAGGAAGAACAGCUUCAUUGCCGAAAUCACACAGGCGAAGAACCCUCUAGAAACCAGUGACACAUCAGACAUAUCCUUGAAUACCAUCAACAUCACUACUCCAGAGAGCGGGCUUGUUCAAAUUCAGUUUCCAUUGCUGCCAAAUAUUGUCAGCUUAUCGAUAAAGGCAACAUUUGAGAGUGCAGUGGUCGUAAUUGAGGUGGGAUCAAACCAAAAAGCACCUGCCAUCUAUCUCCAUGUUCUGAGGCCUGUUGUCAAGGUGGGAUUACCAUUUGAAUUUAGCACUGAGAGUUCUGAUUCAUCAAAAGAGUUUACCUACCAGGUAACAUCAAAAGGUCAACCGGUAGCUAUCGGUAAAAGUAACCUGACGAGAGUUCAAAUAACUCCGGACAUUUCAUGGGCACCAUUGGCUCACCUCAUUGUCUAUUACAUAAAAGAUGGUCUGGUGGUCAGUGAUACUGUGGAUCUGAAUGUGGAAGGCAUCUUUGCAAAUAAGGUUUCAUUAUCCUGGAGUAAAGAUCAGACCAAGCCAGCUGACGAUGUCUCUCUCAGCAUUUCCACCAAUGAGGUCAACUCCUUUAUUGGGCUGUUGGUGGUGGACAAGAAAGCCCAGGUUCUCAAAGGAGGAAAUGACAUCACAGAGGAAAUGGUUAAUCAGGCAUUGAAAGCUGCUGUUGAAGAAUAUGUUGCCGAAGAUAAGAUUGAUAAGAAUGUAUUUCAGAGCAUCGGUCUAAUGGUGUUAACAGAUGCUUAUUUUCCACCCUCUGAGCCAAUAUUCUUAAUGGCAUUUGAUGGCAAUGUUGAAUUCAGGACCACGAGCCAAACUGUUGAACUUGAAGAACCAGAAGAUCGGAGAGUCAGAACAUAUUUCCCAGAGACUUGGAUAUGGUUGGAUCUAUUAACUGGUCUUAACUCAGAGAUCAGCAUCCAGAGAACAGUUCCCGAUUCCCUCACUACCUGGACUGCGAAUGCUUUUGCAAUAUCAGAACACCAGGGUCUUCAGCUGGCCACUGUACCUGCUCAGUUGGAGGUCUUCAAGUCUUUCUUUUUGGAAUUAAACCUCCCAUACUCUGUGACCAGAGGGGAACAACUAAUUCUGGAAAUAAGCAUCUUCAACUACCUGGAACAAACACAAGAGGUUCAGGUGGACGUGGAGUUGGGGGACUUUUUUGAUUUGACUUCAGUGCUGAGCGAGAACACUGCACCCAGCAGCAAGACGGGGUCUGUGAGGAGUCAGGAGGCCCAUGUAUUUUACUUCCCUGUAACAACAAAGGUUCUCGGAAAGGUUCCUGUUACAGUGAAGGCAACAACCACAGUUGCAUUUGAUGCUGUCACCAAGCACAUUUUAGUGAAGGCUGAAGGGAUAGAGCAGUCAUUCUCCAAGGCAUUCCUUGUGGCCCCAAAAGCUAACGAACAACUUUGGACUGAGGCAAUACAAUUCAGCUUCCCGGAAAACGUGGUGGAGGGAAGCCAGAGGGCUCAUGUCACCGUGAUCGGUGAUAUCCUGGGACCUUCUAUUAAUGGUUUGGAAGACUUGCUUCAGAUGCCAUAUGGGUGUGGUGAACAAAACAUGAUCAGAUUUGCUCCAAACAUUUACAUUUUGCAGUACUUGACAGCUAAAAAUCAGGUGACUGAGGAGAUGGAAGCAAAAGCCAAGUCCUACAUGAUCCAAGGUUACCAAAGGGAGUUAACGUACCAGCGAACUGAUGGCUCCUUCAGUGCAUUUGGAAACUCUGAUUCUUCUGGAAGUACUUGGUUGUCAGCCUUUGUACUGAGGUGCUUCUUACAGGCAGAGGAAUUUAUCUACAUUGACAAGGCAGUUUUAAACAAUGUCACAUCAUGGAUAAUAAAACGCCAGAAUAAAAGUGGCGAGUUCUUGGAGCCAGGCCGCGUGAUCCACACAGAACUCCAAGGAGGACAGAAUGGGCCCGUGGCGCUCACGGCUUACGUACUGACGGCACUUUUGGAGGAUGAGAAAUACAAGGAUAGUGCUUUAGAUCAGGUAUCAGGUGCUGUAUCGUAUCUUGAAGGCAAGUUACAUGAUGGGAUCAGUAGCAACUACACUCUGAGCCUCACAGCAUAUGCACUGACCCUAGCCAAGAGCAAAUUCGCAACAGAAGCACUCAAUGAACUAAAUCAAAGAGCAGACAAACAGGCUGGUGUAAAGUUCUGGUCAUCACCCGUGAGCAGACCUUCCUUCUGGUGGGGACAGAAGACCCUCUCGUCAGACAUUGAAGUGGCUGCCUAUGCCCUGUUGUCACACCUGAGGCAGGAGAGACUUUCAGAGGGCAUCCCCAUCAUGCAGUGGCUCAGUCAGCGCAGGAACCACCUUGGAGGCUUCUCUUCGACCCAGGACACGGUGAUAGCCCUCCAAGCACUGUCCCAGUUUGCAGCUCAGAACAUCGUUCCUACGACAGACCUAGUUGUUUCGGUCAAUGGACCUGGGCUAACUGUCCCAGCAACUUUCACCAUCUCCUCCGCAAACAUGUUGGUCCUGCAGGCUGUACAGAUUGGGAUUGAGCAGCCUCUACAAGUGACAGUAACAGCAAAGGGUCAAGGCAUGGCCAUUGUCCAGCUUAAUGUCCUCUUUAAUCUGGAAAGUAAAAUUGCAUCAAAGGGAAAACGUAUGCUUGAGUCGGAGGAGGCAUUUGAUUUGGUCCUUGAUGUUUCAGACAACAAAGAUGACCUCAAUCACUUGACUCUAACUAUCUGCACCAGAUUUAAAGGAGAGGGAAAUGUAUCAAGCACUGGAAUGGUCCUGAUGCAAGUUGGGAUGCUCAGCGGCUUUGUCCCAGAAAUCAAUAGCAUUCAAACUGAUGACCUCAUCAAAAAAGUGGAAUUUGAAGAUGGUGCUGUCUCUUUGUAUUUUGAUUCGUUAAAUGAGACCGAAGUGUGUGUAAUCAUCCCAGUGAUGAGAGAUUCCAAAGUAGCUAAUGCCCAGGAUGCUGUGGUGAUCAUCUUUGAGUAUUACAAAAUAGAAAGAAGAGCGGUCAGAACGUACAACUCAGAGGUAAUGUCCGGCACUAACUUCUGUAACUUCUGCAGCCCCGAUUGCAGCAUGUGUCGCUCCGGCAACAGCCCCGUUACAACCAGCAUUGCUGCAAGGCCAAUUCAAGGAGACCAAUUUGCACUCUUGCUAUGUCUCAUUAGCAUUUAUCUCAGCUUGACUUAAUUACAUAUUUCAAAUCAAUUGUAGAGCUUCUUGGUCCAGGAGAAGUAAUUGUUGUUUUGUUUGAAGGGGGUGGGAAAUGUAUUUUCAUGACAAAACAUAUAGAAAUCAGGCUUAGUGACUACUGUAUCCUUACCACUGCUUUUCAAAAAGAAAAAAAACCCUUGCUCAUUUUCUUUUGAAUGUCCAUGUGUUGUCUGCUUGUGGAUAUAAUGGGGGUGUCUUUUUUUUUCUGUAAAUGUUUCUGGCCUGCAAUAUUGUAGUCACAACUGGUUUUGUUUAAGCUCUUGAGGAGCUACCUGAGAUCCAGAUUUGAGAGGAAGUGAGAGUGUCCAAUGUCCUGAAUUUACAACCACUGCUUGAGUUAUAGCAGCAUUAAAACCACUGGAACAAUCUUUGGAUCAACCCUGCAGGCUGUUUUUCCUUCUCAAAGCACGAUAGGUUUCAAAAUCCACAAAGGGAAGCAAACCCUUAACACAUGUGUGCAUUUGCGGUGUAUGUGCAUGUGUAAUUGUAAAUGUUUGUGAGUUUGUGAGACUGGGGGUGCAUGUAUAAUUCAAUGAAGUAAAGUAAAUUGCAAGAUUCUUGAGUGUAAAUGCCAAGCACAGGACAAAUUGCAAAUAGAUUGUGUCCGGUGGUGGGGUUGGUGGGGCAGGCGAUUAUAGUUCCAGUCUGUCUCUGAUCAGUCAGUAAAACUUGUCUUACUAAGAAAUCUUCAUUCCUCUCCUGUCAAUCUUCAACAGAAAGCUGCUGGAGUAAAGUUAUAUCAAUGGGAGGCACUGGGCAAGCCAAUCGUUUUUUAUAGUAUCUCCAUUAUUCUGGCACAGGCUGAAGAGAGAGGCCACUGCAAUGGUUUGAUCAAGUAAUGAUGAAGAAUGGCAAUUUUGUAUCAGCUGGCAUAUCACUUUACUGGGAAUCUGGAGCUCGUGAUAUAUGCAUUGUGUUUCUGCCUUUGUCUUUCCAUCGGGGUAAGGUUUGACACAAGCCUCACACAAUGUUCCAAUCUCCUAGAGCGAAAGGAGUUAUCACAUCGUUCGGAAUUUACAAUGUUCAAAUCAACAUCAGGGGCCGUGUAAAGUUUCAACUGGUCCCGUAUCCAAUAAAUUACAUUUAUAGAAUAUUGUAUCAGGGCUUUUGGCAGGGGAUUAAAAAUUUGGACAAGAAAUUAUAUGGCCAAUAUGCCCUUUGUCCAAUUCAUAUUGGAACCGACUUCUUUCAAAAUUGCAAAUGUGCGGAAAACCUCAACUAUUUCCUUACUUCUUUAUGUUAUUUUCCCUUGCAUUCCUGUUUCCUGGAAUCAGUGUCAAAUUAGAAAUAGUUUCAUGGAAUAUUAAGGAUCACCCCGUUAAAAUAGAUCAAAGGUAAAAGGCAGCACGGAACCAUCAUGUUAUUGACUAGGAACCAGUUGAGAUUAAUUUCACUGCACUUUAUGUAUGGCAAAUAAAACUUGACUUGACUUGAAAAGCAAGAGGUAAUUUGAAGUUAAUAUCCAAAGCUGGAGAUUUCAGAAUUCACAAUUAGUUUUAUAGUGUAGCCUUUGGUUUCAGAGCAGCCAGCAAACAUAGUUUGGAAAGCACAAGACUCUUUAAGCAGCAAACUCAGACAGGAGAAGGAGGAGACUAUUCAAACCCAAAGCUUGUUAUGCAGUCCAGCCAGCAUGGACACAGACCCUUUGUCCACUAUUUCUUAUUCAUAAAUUAUAGGAGAAGAAUUAGGCCAUUUGGCCUAUCACGUCUACUCCGCCGUUCAAUCAUGGCUGAUCUAUCUUUCCCUCUGAACCCAUUCUCCUGCCUUCGCCCCAUAACCCCUGACACCCGUCUAAUGAAGAAUCUAUCAUUCUCUGACUUAAACCGAUCAAUUGAUGGCCUCCGCAGCCUUCUGACGCAACGAAUUCCACAGAUUCUUCACCCUCUGAAUGAAAAAAUUCUUCCACAUCUCCUUUCUAAAGGUGCGUCCUUUUAUUCUGAGGUUAAGGCCUCUGUUCCCAGACUCUCCCACUAGUGGAAACAUUGUCUCCACAUCCACUCUAUCCAGAUCUUUCAUUAUUCGGUACAAUACAAUACAAUACAAUACAAUUUAUUUGUCACUUGAACCUCAUAGAGGCUCAAGUGAAAUGUUGUUUCUGCAGUCAUACAUACAAGAAAAAAAAGACCCAAGACACAACACAGUUUACACAGACAUCCAUCACAGCGCAUC